AUGGAUGCCGACAACUGCGCCGUCGCCUGCUCCCUCGUCUCCAAGACCUACGUCCAGCAGGGCAGCCAGGCACUGGCGGCGCGGCGGCGCCUCAUCAAGACGCUCCUCUCCCAGCGCCGCCUGCCUGAGCAGGGCUGGGACGAUGCCACCAUCGAGAUGCUGCUGCAGGCAAGACGGCUGCCAUGCAUUGCUGACAAGCGCCAACUUUCAUCACGCACUGCGCCAUGGCAGGCUGGCGAUGGAACACCCUUCCACGAUGCGGCCAUGAUGGACAGCAACAACUUCCUGGACAAUGUGGGGGUGGGGGAGCGCGAGGCGCGGGUGGCCAGCGAGCUGGUGGCGCGCCGCCACUACCGCCUGGCGCACGGCAUCGGACGCUCAGGCAAGCUGGAUAUUGCCGCGGAGCAGCCCAAGGCAGCCGGCUCCUCCCUGCUGGCCAAGCUCACGCACCUGCUGGCGGCGGAUGCGCUGGAGGCGGCGGGCCUGAGGGAGGUGGGGCAGGCGCUGGUGGUGCCGCUGGCCACUGGCAUGGCCAUCACAGCCACGCUGCUGGCGCUGCGCGGCACGCGCCCGCCCGCCGCCAGGUAUGUGCUGUGGCCGCGCAUCGACCAGAAGACGUGCCUCAAGUCCAUCCAGGCCUCGGGGUUUGAGCCCGUGGUGGUGCCGCUGCGCCUGGAGGGCGACCAGCUGGCGCUGUGCCAGCAGGUGGAGCAGCUGGGGGCAGAUGCCAUUGCGUGCAUUGUCACCACCACCAGCUGCUUUGCGCCACGUGCUGCCGACGAUGUAGUGGCAGUUGCCAAGCUGUGCCAGCAGGCCGGCGUCGCCCACAUUAUCAACAACGCCUAUGGCCCGACGGCAGCGCCGUGGUCGUGCCUGCAGGUGUGCUCUGCGUGGCGCAAGGGGCGGGUUGAUGCUGUGGUGCAGAGCACCGACAAGAAUUUCAUGGUGCCAGUAGGGGGCGCCGUCAUCGCUGCACGCGCCGGCGCCACGCAGCUGGUGGAGCGGGUGGCCUCCUUGUACCCGGGUCGCGCCUGCAUGUCGCCGCUGCUGGACCUGCUCAUCACGCUGCUGCACUGGGGUGCCACCGGCUGGCGCCGCAUGCUGCAGCAGCGGGAGCAGCUGCACAGCGCCACGGCACGCCUGCUGCGCCAGUUUGCAGAGCAGCAUGGCGAGCGGGUGCUGGAGACGCCUGGGAACCCCAUCUCGCUGGCGCUGUCGCUAGCCAGCUUUGGGCCGGCGGCUGGGCCGCCCAUCACUUUCCUGGGAUCCAUGCUGUUUGGCCGCUGCGUGUCGGGCACGCGGGUGGUGGCCCGCGGCAAGCGCGCUGAGGUGGGCGGCCUGGCGUUUGCCGGCUAUGGAGCCCACCAUGACGCCUACCCCUGCGACUACCUGACCGUGGCUGCGGCGCUGGGCACCCUCGAGGCCGACAUUGAGGAGCUGCUGCAGCGGCUGGCACGGUGCUUUGGCGAGUUUCGGGCACGCCAACAAAAGGCGGCGAGCGGCUAG